AUGGCAUCUGACAGGCACCGCCUAAUUGUGAGUCGAGAAGAGUAUGAUAAAGUACUGCGAGAAUUGUCAGAAGAAGAAUUACAAGAGUUGUCAGAUUCAUGUGAAUCUGAGUCGGAAGAGGUCGUUAUUGAAGAAGAAAACCACAGCAGUGACUCCGAACAAUCAACAGAGGAAACAGAUGGCCACCAGGUUGAAGAGGGGAGACAACAAACAGAGGAUUACCGUUUUUAUGUGGGAAAAAAUGAAACUAUUUGCUUGCCCUGCAGUGCGUACGUCAUCGCAGCGAAGGAGUUCUCAGCUAAAAUGAAAGUCUUCGAUUGGUUCGUCGCCUUUCUUCUUGUCAACGCACUCCAAGGUGCAGUACAAUUCCCUAUCAUUGACGAUACUGCUCCAUAUUUUGAUGACUUCCCAGGUGGCGAGUCCACAGAUGCAGUUCCGUUAGAUGUAUCCAGUUCAGAUGAAACCACCUCAAGAAACACACUGGAACCGAAGUUCAGUGAACCUGUCGAUGGGUCAGAUGUUUUGCAAAAGAGUGACUGUUCCCUGCCACCACCAGGAUGCACGUCAACUGGUUCUACAUUUGAAGAGGUUGAGUUUUUCCGGAUUACUACACAGAAACCUCCGAAGAUUACCUCUCCGUCUGUUGAAACUGAUGGUACAACGAUAGGUGUUAUGGUGUACAUAUUGAUAAUGAACAAUAAAUCCCAGCAGUCUCUCAUCUUCUGCAUAUAA